UGUAAGCCCCGGAAGUACUCGCUACCUGAGAAGCGUGCUGGUUAAGAAGUAGAGUCAGAGGUCGUGGGGCCAGAAGGCGUUCCUGCCGCUGGCCUAGUCGCGAUGUAGCGGAGGGGCAGGCGUCCUCCUGCAUGUUCUGGAAGGUUCUUGUGCUCCACUAGGGCAGUAGUCCCAAGACUUGUAGUCGCCGGCUUCGGGUCCCUGGCGGCUGAGCGGAGUCGCCGCCAUGUUUGGCUGCUUGGUGGCAGGGAGGCUGAUUUUGUCCAUCCAUUUGACAGACAGAAAUCACAAGUAGGCAGAGAGGCAGGCAGAGAGAAGGAAGCAGACUCCCCGCGGAGCAGAGAGCCCGUCGCGGGGCUGGAUCCCAGGACCCUGGGAUCAUGACCCGAACCGAAGGCAGAGGCUUUAACACUCUGAGCCACCCAGGCGCCCCUGCAAAUGAGGAUUAAGUGCAAACAGCUGCACAGCAAGUGGCAGAGGAUAAAUUUGUUUUUGACUUGCCUGAUUAUGAAAGUAUCAACCACGUUGUGGUUUUUAUGCUGGGAACAAUCCCAUUUCCUGAGGGAAUGGGAGGAUCUGUCUACUUUUCCUAUCCUGAUUCAAACGGAAUGCCUGUAUGGCAACUCCUAGGAUUUGUCACAAAUGGGAAACCAAGUGCCAUCUUCAAAAUUUCAGGUCUUAAAUCUGGAGAAGGAAGCCAACACCCUUUUGGAGCCAUGAAUAUUGUCCGGACUCCAUCUGUUGCUCAGAUUGGAAUUUCAGUGGAAUUAUUGGACAGUUUGGCUCAGCAGACUCCAGUAGGCAAUGCUGCUGUAUCCUCAGUUGACUCAUUCACUCAGUUCACACAAAAGAUGUUGGACAACUUCUACAAUUUUGCUUCAUCAUUUGCUGUCUCUCAGGCCCAGAUGACACCGAGUCCAUCUGAAAUGUUCAUUCCAGCAAAUGUGGUUUUGAAAUGGUAUGAAAACUUUCAAAGACGACUAGCACAGAACCCUCUCUUUUGGAAAACAUAAUUUGAAUAAAAUAAUUUUUAAUGGAUUCUGAAAUUUGUCAUGUUUUGAAGAGAAAUGCCUCCAUUUAAAAGUACGAAGUCAAAAGGAUCAUGAAACCUAAGUUUAAAAAACUGCUUAUUGACUGAAGCUUAAUGAAAAUCUUCAUAAAAAAUUAAAAACAUGGAAAAAUGAAAAUAUGUUCCUUAUUAAUGAGUUUUUCUCCCUUAAGUUUAAAAUAUUCAGAGGAAGAAACACUUUGUUUUGGCGAGGAUUCAUUUUUUACUUAAAAAUAAAGCAUAUUCACAACAA